AUGAAUCCGUUUUUAGCGCACGCGGAGCAGCAAGAAACUUCUUCGCAACAAAGGAACGACGCCGCCGCGGGAGCGACCACGGCAUCCCAGAAUAUGAAUACGAAUAACGCGGCAGAAAUUUCUCGACCGGCGAUUACGGCGACAACGUAUACGCCAGCACCGGCUGCUGGAACACCAAUCGCUGGCCCGGUGCCUUCGCAGCAGGAAAGUCGAGCGAACAACUUCGCGGUCGGAUCGCCGUUCUUUAGCAGUCAGUUAUACACCGGCGGUCCAUCCGUAGAACACUACGAAAACGAUGAGCAAGAGGCACAAAGAGCGAGAGAUGAAAUUCGGAACGCGUUUUCCCAAAUUGGCAUCAACGCACCGUCGUCGGAUAACUCGAACGACUUGUUACAGUUUGUCGUGGCGAGACAAUUAUCGAGGACGUUGAGACUGUUCGCGUGCGUGGAUAUUAUAUUUUGUAUGUUUUUCUUCUUCACGGCGUGGGUAUUCGUGUUUUUAUUGUUUGGACCGGUGUUGGGGUACCAAGGCGCGAGAUUUUUCAAGUACGGCAACGUGGUGGCGUAUUUAGUGUACGUCCUCGGGAUGGCGUGUUGGCGAGUGGCACUGUUUAUAACCAACAAAUCCGCCGCGGCGAAAGUGUUAACCUUUAUCAUGUUUAUGGUGGAGCUUUACAUUUUACGUCUGGUGUUUAAAUUCAUGCAGUUAUUGAAGCGGUUUUCGGAGGAGGAGUUGCAGUUGCUGAGAAUUUUAGAGAAUCCGCAGCGGAACGUUUGGUGGCAUCAAAGCGGCGGACCGCAAGCGACGCAAAGGGUCGUCAUGGUGCCGCCACAGGCAGGCAUGGCAGGGAGAGCGCCGAUGUACCAUUAA